CGCGCGUUCAGCCUUCGGCGGAGUUUUAGGUAGACGGAAGACGCGCUCGGAAGUGGCAAAGGGAGACGGCGGGGAGGCAAGCUGCGCUUCCCCGGACUGGCGCUUUUCCAGCCGAGCCCCUUCAGCGGCCGCCGAGAGGAUUUGGCAUAAUAAGUCGUCUCCGCACGUGCCUGCGCCAUCCACCCGUGGGCGUGGCGCAGCGUGGCGCGUAAAAACUCUCUCUAGCAAAGCGAGGGCUGGAGACGAGCAAAGCGGCUGGGCUUCCAGGAGCCGGCAGAAGGAGGAGGGGCUGCUGCUUAACCGGCUGAGCCAAGCGAGCGAGCGAGCGAGCAAGCAAGCGAGCGGUUUCCUUGGCAGGCACCGAGUAUGGCUUCGUCGCAAGGCAAGGCUGAGUUGAAAUUCGCCGACUGGAUGGCAAGUUUGCCCGAAAGCAUCCACAGCGUGCCGCUGGCAAACCUGGCCAUCCCAGGGUCUCAUGAUUCAUUUAGCUUCUAUAUUGAUGAGGCCUCUCCAGUGGGACCUGAGCAGCCAGAAACUGUCCAGAAUUUUGUCUCUGUGUUUGGAACUGUGGCUAAAAAGCUGAUGAGGAAAUGGCUUGCAACACAGACAAUGAAUUUUACAAGCCAACUUGGAGCAGGGAUACGGUAUUUCGACCUUCGGAUCUCCACAAAGCCCAGAGACCCUGAUAAUGAACUCUACUUCGCUCAUGGUUUAUUCAGUGCCAAAGUCAAUGAGGGCCUGGAGGAGAUCAGUGCCUUUCUCAUUGACCAUCAUAAAGAAGUGGUCUUGUUGGACUUCAACCACUUCUACGGAAUGCAGAAAUGCCACCAUGAAAAACUGGUUCAAAUGCUCAAAGACACAUUUGGGAGUAAAAUGUGCCCAGCCAUCUUUGCCCAUGAAGUCUCUCUCCAAUACCUGUGGGAGAAGGAUUAUCAAGUUUUGGUGUUUUAUCACAGUCCAGUGGCUUUAGAGGUCCCAUUUCUAUGGCCAGGACAGAUGAUGCCAGCUCCGGGGGCAAACACCACCGAUCCAGAAAAAUUGAUCCAGUUUCUCCAGGCAUCAAUCACUGAGCGCAGGAAGAAGGGCUCUUUUUUUAUAUCUCAGGUGGUCCUGACUCCAAAGGCUAGCACGGUAGUCAAGGGGGUCACCAGUGGUCUUAGAGAAACAAUCACGGAAAGAGCUCUUCCUGCCAUGAUGCAGUGGGUCCAGGCUCAGACACCAGGUGAAAGUGGUAUCAACAUUGUCACCGCAGACUUUGUAGAACUCGGCGAGUUUAUCAGCACAAUCAUAAAACUCAACUACAGCUUGGAUGAAGGUGAAGCUGAUACAACCUGAUAGUACUGUAAUGUCUCCAACAUGCGCCACAGUUGAACUUUUUUUCCAGUUGUGUUAGGUUAGGUUGUAAUCUUGUAACCACAGAUUUUGCAAGCACAUGCUGAACAUUAUCAUUUUCUUUUGAAAGUGUCGAGGAAUUGCAAAACAGAAUAGGCAAAAAGGGGAACAUUUUUACAAGGUGUAAUAAUUUCCUGACGUUGAUGCAACUGUAUUUCUUGAAACCCAGUCAGGAUUCAUUAUUUAAGUUAUCAUAAUUCAGAAAGCCAUUAAUAAAUAUUCUGCCAGCAACCAAUGUGCUUUUGGCCAUACGUAUGAUCACUGCUAAGCUUAAUUCAUAACUGGCAGCCAUUUACUGUCCUUUAUGCAAUAAAUUCCCAUUGCUGUUAGGAAUUUUGCUAAUGGAUGAGAACUGUGCAUUAUCAUAUCAAGGUGUAGCAUCUGCCAGUGUACUCCAUUAAUUAAUGCUGAAUUAAUUGAUGGCAUGAGCUUGAUUCUGCUCAAGUGGAAGGGAUAGGCCAUCAAUAUUAAACACUAAUCCCAAGUUGUUUUAGCUCCACUGUCUACUAUGUGUACAUUUUCUGGAAAUUCAGAACACUUUGAAUAUUUUUUUUUCAUUUUUUUUUUUAAAAAAAGGAACAUUACAUUGUAAAUCUAACUUUGUCUUCUUGCAACCGGCGGACAAUCUGCCAUUGAUUAUUGGGUAAAAAGGAAUAGAAAACAUUGAAUAGUGGCAUUAAAGUGAGACUAUAGAAUGGCAUUACCAUUAUUAGAGAGUGGCCUAUUUUUAUCUUUUACUGCAUAUUUAAUUAUAUGCAUAUUUUGAAUUAUAUUUAAAUAUAUUUUAAUAUUUUAGGAGUUGAAUUAUUAAACUAAAUCAUGAUUACUUAUGGAUCAGUGACCACCAAUAGUCACAUAGAGAUAAAUCAUAUUUACACAGCAUUCAAAAGAGAUAAUAAAAAAGCUACGGAAAAAAAACAAAGCCCAGACACUUCUCCAGCAAUCAAUAUCCAGAUAAGCAAGGAUUAUCAUUAAACAAAUAAUCAAACAGAAAACAAUAACCUAAUCAGGAACUAUCAAGGAGACACCCCCCCCCUCCAUUAACACUGGCAGAAUAAGCUCUGUAUAUAAACAGGGAACAAAUCCCACAUUCACUCACAUUGGUGCUGUUACCUGGUUUGGUAAAUGAAAGGUUUGCAAGCAAAAAACCAACCUCAUAAAGCACCAAGGACCCAACAGUUCUACCUUAAGCUGCAUAUAUUCUUUUGUAUUUGGAGACUGCCAGGAUAUAGAGAAUAAUAUAAGGUUAGAUCUAUAUUUAGCCAUGCUUAGAGAUUCAUUGAAAUCAUGAACUGAUAUGUCACAUUGAUUUCACUGGAUCAUCUCUCAGCCUGACUAGGUACACAUCUACUCCACUAUUUUUUUUGUAGAACUCAGUAUUAAUACCUCCAAAUAUGAAUUUUGAUAACACAUAAAAGCAGCAUGCAUUUCUUUUUAACAUCCAGAGAAAAAUACUUUCCCAGUUUGUUCGAAGCAAAAAAUAGAGAAGUAUAUCUCAAGAGGAUAAGCAGAAUAGUUCAGUGAACAUUAAUAAUACGAAGCUAAUUUUUCAUUGUCUGAGUGAAAGAACACUAAAAUCACAAAAACAACCUGUAGUACAUUAUAAUAGAAAAGUCUCCCACUCACUUGCUGCAUAAGGGAAUAUCCAAAUACUAAGAGAUGAAAUAGUGAAAUAUGUUAAUUAGGAGUGAAUAACCUGUAGCCCCUUUAUCUUUUAUACAAAUAAUAGUUCCUGAGCACAAACUCAGUUGCUAUGACUGGAGAAGGUUCCACCAUGUGGAUUAGUUGAUUCCACCAAGUAAUCUUUCAAGUGUGUAGACUUCAACUGCCCAUGUUGGCUGAGGAAUUCUGGGAGCUGAAGUCUUAACAGAACAGAAUAACAUAAUUGGAAGGGACCUUGGAGCUCUUCUAGCCCAACCCCCUGCUCAGACAGUAGACCCUACACCAUUUCAGACAAAUGGUUGUCCAAUCUCUUCUUAAAAACUUCCAGUGUUGGAGCAUUCACAGCUUCUGCAGGCAAGUCAUUCCACCGUUUAAUUGUUCUAACUGUCAGGAAAUUUCUCCUUAGUUCUAGGUUCUCUCCUUGAUUAGUUUCCAUCCAUUGGUUCUUGUCCUACCUUCAGGUGCUUUGGGGAAUAGGUUGACUCCCUCUUCUUUAUGGCAACCGCUGUGUCAAAUCCCCAAUAUCAAGCCCUACCAUCUAAUAUCCAGAUCCACAUUCCUUUCCCUGUUAUAACUUCCCACUCUCCAGGAUAUUACGAUCUGAACAUUUCCAAGUCAUUUCAGCUUUUGAUUUUUCCCCUUCUAUUUCUCCUCAUGCAAUUCCUCAUUCUAUUUACAGCAACUUUCCUUAAUCUGGGGCUAUGAUUCCCACCCAGCAUGAAUUAUGGUGGUGAAGUUGCUGAUAAUGACAACUUUGAUUAACUUGCUAAUAGUAGUUGUUCUGUGUCCUGUUAACCCCUUUUGCCGAGGGAAUGGAUAUUUCCCUUUCCUUCCUCUUUAUUUUGAUUUAAAUCUUAACAUAGGUUAAGAAUUCUAUGAAGUCAGUUUUCAUCUGUUCCCAGAAUAGCUACCAUUAGUGAGAUAAAAUAUUUAUGAAUGUAGGAAAUACUCAUCCCAAUAAAUACUUGUAAUCAUCUGGUGGCUCAAAUACAGUAUAUCAUUUAGUCUCUAUACCCAACGUAUUUUAUGUACUUAGGCAGAACCAAGGACCUUAAUUUUGACAUUAAUCAUAGCUUGAAAUGGGUAAUGUAAGAAGUUUGCAAUGCCUAAUUCAGAGGGAUUUUUUUUCUUGAUUUGUCAAUUUCCUUUUAAAAGUCCUUAUUAGAAUUAUUUUAAGGAGCAAAGGACCAAAUAAGAUUGAGGGAGAAAAGAUCUUCAAAACAUAAUUUCUCCAGGAAUAUCUGACUAGUUUGUUUGGAAAGAUGCAUUAGACAACCUGGACCUUUGACCCAAUCUAGCAGCACAACUUUUGCAAGUGUGUAUGUACAUGCAGUUGGGAGCAAAUCACAACCAGUUCCUUUGAAUUCACAUUCAAAACUUUCCUUUGAAGAAUAACAUUUGAAUGCCCUUGGUGAGGCCAUGCCAUUCGUUUGGGUUACCUUUAGAGAAUCCAUGACAAGGGAAGAUGGGAGUUCACAACUAAAGGAUGCUAAUUUGAGGAAUCUUACAAUAUUAUUCCUUCUGACAUUAAAGCUAAUGCCAUGUAUAGUCAUCUAAAGGGCAAAAGUCUAUGAGUCCAAUUCCUAGUAGAGACUUUGAAACCACAGAAUGACAUUUAACUACCUUCAUCUGAAGAGUCUCAGUAACACGGUGUCGCCUGAUAUUCCAUCUACCUAACCUUAUGAAAUAUUAGAUGCCAGUGUCAAAAUUUACACAACGUUCCUUCUCCACUGUUCUCUUCUGAAUAUGAGGUAGAUUUGGGGGAAGGGCUGCUCAAAUUGUCAAUAUGGCAGUUGACAUGACUCUAGUACAGUGGUGGGUCGCCCCCUUUUCGGACCAGUUCGCAAGGUAGUAAAACUGGUGGGAGGCUCCGCCCACUGACCCGGACGUCAUCAUAAGUGAUCUGCACAUGCACAGAUGCUUCUGCGCAUGUGCAGAAGCUUCUGCGCAUGCGCAGAAGAGUGCGUGUGGGCACGAUGCGAACCAGUAGUAAAGGUAAGUAGAACCCACCCCUGCUCUAGUACCUUCACACAUUCUUUCACAGAUGGAUACUUAGAACUCCAGUAUACAGCCUACAGUCAAGGUCACUGCAAGGAGUUAAUGUUGAAUAGUCAUAAAAGAAGAAUGUAUUGUGUGUGCGCAUAGCUAUAGUACAAUAUAUCUUAGAUUUACUGGAAUAAUUCAGAUGUCAGAUUAGCAUCCCUUGUAGUUUUGAUUCAAGCUCUAAAAACAAAGAAUGGCUCCUGCAGAUAUAACCAAAUAUCUUUCCUUGUUUUAUUGAUGUUACUGAACUACAGGUAGAAAAAAAAAUAGAAACAUUAAUUAAUAUAUAUUUACGUGUAACUAAUAAUUACUUUCCUAUUAGAGAGAUCUAAACUAGCAUGGAAAUGACAACAGAUGGAUAUAUUGGCCUUCAUUAAAAAGAGUUAAGACCCAUUUUGUCCUUUGGUGGAAGUAAUCAGUGAGAGACAAAACAUCAAGUGAACACAGUGGGAUAAAGCAAGGCUACACAGUUUUAAUGGGGAACUUUUGCAAUAACAGUUUUAAAAUUCUGCAGUUCCAAUUCAAGUGAUUUGGCAUUUGAGUCUUUCCACAGCAGGACACUCAUACAAUGUAUACUCAUACAAAUGGAAAAACUUUAUGCACAGUUUUUCCAAGGGAUGGGGGCUGCAUUUUACAAAUUAGACCUAAAAUAGGCCUAAAAUAAAAUAAAGCCUAAUAAAUAAAUUAGGCCUAAAAUAAAAGCUAAAGGUGAUCUUAAUAAAAUGUAAACCAAAAUGGGCACACUUGAUCCAUGGAUUAAACCUGUCUCCCUUGGGGCACAUUAAACAUUAUUUACUCAGAGUAGUAUAGCUUAUCAAUGGCAUGAGUAACCAUUGACUUUAUUAAUUAGACUGCACCUUAAGUACUGCAAUGAAAUCUGCAUACUGCACCGUAGGAAGGCAAAGCAGAACAACUUCAAAGAAGGACAAUAAGGACGAUAAGAGCUCUACAAUCUUAUUCCUGUGAGAUGAAAGAACUUAGAAUGGGUAGCCUUGAGAAGAGAAGCUUAAAGAGAGAUAUGAUCACAUUCUUCAGUUUCUGAGGCUAUCACAUAAAGCCAAGAACUGUUCUCUGUCACCCAGGGGUGAAAUGCUACCUGUUUGGACCGGUUUGCCCGAACCAGAAGUAAUAAAAGCUACUGGUUCGCCUGAACCAGUAGCAAAAAAAAUUGCUACUAGUUCGGACCAACCGGUAUUUCCGACAAUCAGCUGUGCCGCGUGAUUUAUAUUCGCUAGAAAGCAGGGAAUCCUGCUUUCUAGCGAAUCUAAAUCACGCGGCACAGCUGUUUUCCCUCGCCCUCGCUGUUCUACUUACCUUAAAAAAGGCUUCUUAAUUCUCCUUUUUCAGUGCUGUGUGGUAGCACCUGCGGUGCGCCUGCACGUGAAGUGUACAUUUGGUGCACACUGCACGUGGGUGCGCAAAGCACAUAUUUGACAAACCCCGUGUAUGCGCAUGUGCAGGGAACCAGUAGCGAAGCAAACCAAUAGCAGACUUCGGAGCAUUUCACCCCUGCUGUCACCCUAGAGUGCAUAACACGGAAUUUAAAAUUAAGGGGCAAAGAUGCUCACAGUGGAACAAGCUGCUAAGAGAAGUGGUUGGGACCUCCUUCACUUUCAUUUUUAGACCUGCACUGAUCAGAACGAUUGAGUUUGAUGGCCUUCCAACUUUGUUAAUCCAUGGUUCAGGAUGAAUAUUUUUCUAUGUUUGCCUUUGUGUUUUUGUUUCUACAUUUAUUUCAAUCCAGUGUGAUUUUAACUAGUUCAAAGCACCGUCUCCCUUACUGGAAUGUAAAAAAAGCAAAAAAUAAAAAAAUAAAAAUAAAAAAGAAGCUUUCAGGUUGGGAAGCUUUAGACCGAAUGUUUCUGAAGGUGACUUGUUCUUCACAGGGUGUUUAAUUUCAAAGAGAGCACCUGGAGACACAAGCACAGCCAUCUAAAAAGUGUGCUUUGUGUAAUUGUAAUGAUAAAACUUUCUUAGAUGUUUCUUUCUUUCCAGUGAAGCAAAAGUUAAUAGUGUAUUAUACAAUCUGUGUGGUAUAAUUCUUCAGUAGCCUCUAUGUUUACACUGUUUUGAACCGUAUCUGUUUACUUAAUCACAAGAUUCUUUUAAGAAAAAUGCUGUAUGCAGUGUAAAAUGUAUUAAUGACAUACUUGUUGAAACUUUGGUGAUUCCCCUCUCCAUAAUUCUGAAACUGUGCCAGUGUUCCUGUAAGUUUCCCUGUGUACGUUUGCGUGUAUGUGUGCAGGGGUGUGGGUUGUGUGCAUUAUACAAUUUAUGAGAAUUAGCAACUUAAUUCUAAAUGAAAAAGCUGGUUGUGUUUCUUAAAAGCUGCGUCUGUUUAAGAGUUUGUGAAAUCUUGAAGCUUCAUGUAUGGUUGAGGAUUAAUAUAUAUGGACCAAGAUCUCCUAUAGUGAGCUCCUAUAAUAAAUAAGGAUUGUUGUCCUUAGUAUGCAUUUUAAAAAAUCAUAAACAUUAAAAUGACUUGUGGUGUUUUGAAAGAAAAUAAAUACUGAAUAAUAACCAUGAAUCUCACAUCCGAAAAUGGGGAAAGAAUUGAUUUAUAAGUUUCUUGGGAAAUUAAAUUACAUGUUUGUCAUGCAGUUUGGAAAUUCAUCUGUCUGUGUUCCAGCAUGAAGACUGAGUUCAGGCCCCAGAAGGAAGAUGGAUAAAUUCUGUAAUGUUUAAAACUCAAGUCUAUUAAUAUAACCACCAGUAAAUCUUAGCCUUAUUACUCUCCCAAUCUGAAUUUUAUAUUUAUAAGGAAAAGUGGGAUAUCAAUUGUAAAAGUUUUUUUAAAAAAAAGAAAACCCAAAACAAAACGUUCUUUGUUUUGUGGUUUGAGUGAUUUUCUUGAAUGUUCAGAACUGAUUGCACUAAACCAAUGAAAAUUAACAUAUUCAUGAAUGGCUACAUACAGCUUUAAUACAUUGAUUUUCAUACUGAUCAGCCACUCUUCACAAAUAGGAAUAGAAAUUUGUCCAUAGCUUCUGUCUUGGGUGACUGAAAACACAUUCAGAAUGGGGUAAGCUGAUUUAGGAACACUGUUAUUUUAUUUAUUUUAUUAUUUAUUUAUUAAAUUAAUAUGCCACUCCACUCAUUUUCCAUACCUUUAGCUAUAAACAACUGAAGCAUUACAUAAAACUGAUUUCUCCUGCAUUCAGUACUUACUGAUGCCUUUUCAGCAAAUUCCAGUAUUUUACUGACAGAUUAAGGUUGCAAUCCUUCACUUUGCUAUUUGGAACUGAAUCACAGAUUGUACCCUGUGUGGGGCUAAAAUAAGCUUCCAUUGGAUCACGCCCUAAAACCAUAUUCACAUACAAAGAAUUCUCCAGCCCUUAAAAAAAAACAAAAAACAAUUAGGUAUAUAAGUAUAAGCCCGGAUAUAUUGUCAAGCAAAAGCCUAAAACUGACACCUAGAAAUGUAAAAUUUUCUUGGAUUAAUCAUUAAUUGUAUGCCUUUUUAAAAAUCCAAUCUUUCGGCUCCCAAAGGACUCAAGGAGGUAAUUAUUUAAAGGCGAAUUCUGGGGGGAAAGAGUGAAAAUUAUUACAUCAUUGUAAAGGCAAAGGCAGAAAGACACUGUGUGCUGAACCUAACUGAAAAGAAUUCUGUUCCAGAGUUUGGGAGCAGCAGAUGGACAUGUUAUGCAGUACGCAGUGAGGUGCCCUGUGCGUUGCAUAAGCUAGCAAAUCUGCUAGCUUAUGCUAGACCCCCAGACAGGGCCAGAAAGAUUCAUAAAAAGUUUCUUCUUUGCUGCUAUUCACUGGUCAUCCAGUGGUGAAUAGGUAGUCAAGAAUUCCUUUAGUGACCGUUCGAAGUUACAACAGCACUGAAAAAAUGACUUAUGACCGAUUUUUUGCACCUAUGACCAUUGCAGCAUCCUCAUGAUCAAAAUUCAGACCCUUGGCUCGUGUUUAUGACUGUUGCAGUAUUCCGGGGUCAUGUGAUUUCCCCCAAAGUCAAUGGGGAAGCCAGAUUCACUUAACAGCCAUGUUUAUUAAUUUAACCACUGCAAGGGAUUUGUUUAACGGUGGCGGCAAGAAAGGUGGUAAAAUGGGGCAAAAAUCACUUAACAACUAUCUUGCUUAGCAACAGUAAUGUUGGGCUCAAUUGUGGUCGUUAGUUGAGGACUACCUGCAAUCUAAAUAAGGUAGCACGUUAGAUAAGUAGUCAUCUUCUUCCCAAUUGUCACAAGUAUGUCUUGCAUUGGCCUGACAAAAUAUUGGCCUGUGUUAGAUUUGCUAUGGUUAAACAAGCUCCAGGAAAAUAUAAGAAAAUAUGCUUACCAUUCUGUAUCUUAGGUCUGCCCACUGCAAUAAUUAUCCAUCCAAGAAAUGUCAAGCAUGGCCUUGGGCUUCUCAAAGGUUGCCAGUCACUUCUCUGAAAGGAGCUGCAGUACUAUAUUUGUGGUGUGGCUUAAUGUACCUUUCUCUCAAUCUGCCAUCACUUUCCCCAUUGCUUAAACCAGAAUAUUUCCCAUUCUGGGUACAAGCACUUUGUAAGUAAGUUCCAUCAAGACUUGGUCUCUGUAAUGAACACAUGUUAUCAGGAGAUGUGUUCCAUUAAAAUGAAUGGAACACAGAAGUUGAAUGUCUUGUGGUGCUUUCAGUGGGACUUAAUCCCCCAGUUAAUUGGAGCUGGAGUAAAGUUGUAUUUCUUUUCUAAGAUUAGAAAAUCACAAAAGUGAUGGAUUGUUUUGCAGGCCAAGAUUCAUUCUUACAUUGCUCUAGCUACCAGUUGUGAGUUUUGAUGUCCUUCUUGCUUCUUCAGAAAAAUGGAAAAUUUUCUCUAACAACUCCCUCUUUCCGCUAAUGUAUUACAGUGACUUAAUUUUAUUUGGAUGGAAAUUGUGAAUAUGUUAACUUGGCUAAAAUUGCAAUGUGUACCAAAGGUUUACUAGGCUGCACUUUUUUUUUCUUUUCAAAUGUAGGUAUUUUAAUAAAUAUUGCAUAAAGAAUAUAAACAAACCGCCUACAGUUCUGUAUAGCAAAUGUGAAUUUUUAUUACAAAAAUAUGUAUGUAAUGUAAAAAAAAAAAAAAAGACCAAAUGUUUCUUUGUAUUCAGUGAAAUGUCAAAUAAAGCCCUGGUAACCAUA